ACUGCCAAUUCAAUCUACGUUCAAUCACACGAUGCUACGGAUUAUGGCAAUCAGUUUGUUACGAUGUUAUAUCAUAAGUAUACUGAUCAAUUUCGCGUCUACUCAAUUAAAAUCAUGUGCUACCACUGAAAUCUGUGUUCCUGUGCGAAAGUGUGCUAUAUACAAGGAAUAUGUCGAUCAGGCAUUGAGGAAAUGGCCCGCCAAUCUUCAAAAGUUGGCAAAAGAUAAUCUUUGCAAACGACAAAAAGUUGAUGUCACUACGGUGUAUAGUGUCUGUUGUCCCAAGCUAACCAAUCAUAAGGAAUGUGGUAUUCUGGGAAUUGAUAGAAUAGUGAACGGGGAGGUCGCAGCUGUCUUCGAAUUCCCGUGGAUGGUUCUGCUACAAGCUGGCAGCGGUAAAUUUGUCUGCGGCGGAACUCUGAUUAGCAGAAGAUACGUACUGACUGCAGCGCACUGCAUAAAGAACGCAUCACCAAUCACCUCCGUACGAUUGGGCGAAAACGAUAUCAAUUCUCCCAUCGAUUGCAAUAUCAUUGACAAUGAAAAGGAGUGCGCACCUCCACCACAAGACAUUAGAGUAGAGGAAAACAUCCGCCAUCCCCAGCAUAGCAACCGGUGGAAGAAAAAUGACAUCGCACUGCUUAGACUGGAACGGGCGGUUGAGUUUUCCCACAGCGUCCGUCCAAUAUGUCUACCAAACGAAACACCGGAACAGCAGAUGAUCGAUCCACCGUAUUUCAUCGUCUCCGGUUGGGGUCUAACGGAAAAUGGCUCCUCAUUCGAUCGUCUACGUUUCGCCCGACUACCUCCAGUAUCGCUGGAAAGUUGUGCCACGAGUGUCCGAUCGUUGAAUACGAUUCUUAAACUGGACAAGAGUCAAAUUUGUGCUGGUGGCGUCGAUCGAGUGGACAACUGUUCCGGAGAUUCCGGUGGCCCGUUGCAGUACAUUGCCAACAUCACAUCUCGCGUCUUUCAGCUUGGCGUGGUAUCGUUCGGAGUCAAUAGCUGCGGGAGCCAAAGUCAACCGGGGGUCUACACUAAUGUGCUGUACUAUAUGAACUGGAUUCAUGAAAAUGUCGAUGACAAGAUGCCGUCGCGAGGGAUACAGUUACUACUACUAGGAAUUGUGUGUGUGAGCAGUGCACUAGCGUUGACACGAUGCGUCGGUCAAAAGCAAUGCGUCGAUUUCGCUACAUGCAACGACUUUAAAACGAUUGCCGGCAAACCGUCGUCCAGUUGGAGUCCUGCCGUGAGAGUUCAAGUUCAAAGCCGUCUUUGCAAGGUUGAACAACGCGGGAAUAUUAAGGUCUACAGUGUCUGCUGCAAUGUCGCCACACAGGACUCUAACCGAUCGAAAGCGUUAGCGUUGCUUGAUUUAAAUUCUUGUGGGAAAAUCAGCGCAGACAAGAUUGCCUUUGGAAAAACAGCCAGGUUGUUCGAUUUCCCCUGGAUGGCAUUGCUGCUCGACUUCGACCGAACCAUCAGUUGCGGAGGGACGCUAAUUGCCACAAGCUACGUUCUCACGGCAGCACAUUGCGACAGGAAGGUAGAAUAUGUUCGUCUGGGGGAAUUUAAUGUCAGCAAACGAAUUGAUUGCUCUGACGACGGGAAGGACUGUGCCGAUCCGCCACAGGAAAUUCAAGUAGCCAAAUUUAUAAAACAUCCACUCUACAGUUCCUCCAAACGGAAAAAUGACAUUGCUUUGGUGAAACUCGCUAAGCCGGCCGUGCUGAGCUUUAGCGUCAAAACAAUCUGCCUACCAAUCGGAUCGAUGGUGAAAAAUCCCGAACCAACGCACAUGUUCGUCACUGGAUGGGGCUUAACCGAACGUGGCACUACGUCCAAAGUGCUCCAGUACGCCACACUAAUGCUGGUUCCCAAUAGUCAGUGCACCAGCAUCCUAGCCCGGUUGAGUGAUGCCAUCUCGCUGGAUCAGGACAGCCAAAUAUGUGCCAAGGGACAGGGUAAAGUGGACAACUGCGCCGGAGAUUCCGGUGGGCCGUUGCAGUAUUUAUCACGCCAGGCGUCCGCAGUGCAGUACGGGAUUGUAUCGUUUGGGGUGAACUCGUGUGGGAAACAGAGCGCACCCGGUGUGUAUACUAAGGUUGCUCACUACAUAGAGUGGAUUCUACAAAACGUACAAUAACAGAGUUGAAUAAUGUUUAUUUUCAAAUUUAUCAGUUUAAAAAGUAACAUAUAAGAAUACUCGAAUCCUGUAACAGUAGUUCUAGAACUAGGUGACAAGAUAAAGAGCAGUCAAACAAAUGAAAUAACUAAAAUAGAUUACAGCUGUGAUCAAAAAUGAAUGAAAAUAAGAUUUUCGAAAGUUGGAAAUACUAUUGUACUUAUAUUACUGUUUUAAGAGAAAAAGGUUGUCGUUGAAUAGAGAUUGCAAACACUGCUGUAACUAAUGUAUUCAAAUGGUGGGAUGAAUACAGGAGCUGAGAUGAAUUUGGGGCACAGUUACCCUAAUUCAACUUUCUUUCUGGACAAUAACACCUCGAAGGCAUGUAAAUUGCAAGAUUACAGGAGCUCAACUUUCUGGUGGAGCCCUAAAGUCGCCUGUGCUGCUGUUAGCAUAUCUUCGGAACCUAAUUUGCUCUUUGUCAAAAAACAAAAGGGGAGCAUGGAUUAAAUUUGAUGGGACGAAAAUAAAAACGCACUUUUUUCAGGAUAAUGGUAUUUUUUGGUGAAAGAGGUUUUUUAAACAACUUAGCGCCAUUGUUAUCACAGAUCAAGUAAUGCUCCACCAGAAUAAUGUAAUACAAAUCGUAAUGAUCGGCGAAUAUAUUAAAAUUUAAUGCGUAUUUCUAUACAAAUGUUUUAGUGUGACGAAAUAUGAUACUUCUACCCUAUGUAACCUUUUAAA